GUCAUCACCGAAGACCUUUCCUGUCCCUCGUGUCAUAACAUGGUCGCCUUCAGCUGGUUCAUCUCGCAAUGACACCGACCCUUUUCCAGCUGAAUUAAGAGUGUGAAUCGAGGAUUUCUCCACCGAAGCCAUGCCUCGCUACGAACUGGCCCUGAUCCUGAAGGCGAUGCAGCGGCCGGAGACGUCGGCCGCCCUCCGGCGGACGGUGGAGAGCUUGAUGCAGCGGGGCGCGGUGGUGAGGGACCUGGAGAACCUGGGGGAAAGACUGUUGCCCUACGCGAUCACCAAACACAACCAGAAGCACAGCCGAGGAGCGUACUUUCUCAUCGAUUUCUACUCGGCCACCAACAUCCUCUCGGGGUUACUGGAUCAUCUGCACCGGGAUGUGGACGUGGUGAGGCCCACUGUGCUGAAGAAGGACGACCAGGUUUCCAGCAGCAACUGCUGUGGCCCCCAACAGUGAUUUCAUGUUUCCACAGCCCGUAUCCUGAUCAUGUACACUGUGAUGCUCCCCCCUUUGACCUAAGAGACAAAACAUUUGGAAGUUAUGUCAUAAUAAACUACUUUUUUCACAUUU